AUGGAGCUUGAUGGCCGUGGCGCUGUGAUGUUGACACUGCUGGUAGCAGCGCUAGGUGUUAGCCUAUGGCUGCGUUGGCGCAAAGGUGUUCGCGCAGAGGUUCAAUGGCUUCAAAAAGAUGUAACGGUGAGGACCGCCAAGGAUGUACCCUUCUUGGUUUGCUGCCGCCCACCGCCCAAGGCGGAUCUGGUCAUGAACUACAAGGUGAUCUUUUCCGCUACACAGCAAGUCUGUGCUGAGGGUGUUGGGUUCGUUGGGGUGGUGGACAAGGUCAACCUGUCCAAAACCGGAUUUGGCAGCUACAGGCUGGAAGUGCAGAUCCAGAGCUUGAACCUCACUCUAAGCGCAGACAUUGAGAAAAGGAUCGCUUCCUUUGAAGAGGAGGCAGCCAAAGCUCGUGCCAGUCGCCCACCAAAAGAGCCAGUGAUGAAGAUCCCAGGCUGGCCACAGAAUUUGCCAGAAGAUCCAGGAGGUAUCCGCAGGUCCCGAGGCUGGUCGAAGAUGGACCCGAGAGGAGCUGGCCCAAAGUCGGCUUGCAGGAUCAUGGCUCCUGGCCGUGGAAGGAUUCGUCUACGAUGUUAG